AAACUGAAUUCUACGCUGUGCUUGUUAGUUUACCAUGGUCCAUUGUCUGUGACGUUUUAUAUCCACGAUGAUGACGAAAAUUUGCAGAUGUCAUAUAUAACAUGUGCAAGUGUCUGUAGAUCAUGAAAGUUUAUUUCUUAGCAUCCUUAAGUAUAUUUUUUUUUGCAUUACUGAAGUCAUACAGGAGUGUAGAUGUAUGAGUGCUGAAUUUUGCAUUUGAUCUUAUUCAUUUUCUUAUGUCACGUUAUCUCUUGAGUGAGCAGCAUUCAUUCUCGUUUGGCUAGCUUUUGGUAACAAUGCUGUCAUCUUUAUUGAUACCAAAGUGUGUUUACCUCAGGAAACUCCUGCUAUUGUGAAGUCCUACUAUGACAAGCGGAUUGUGGGGUGCCCUAGUGGCGAAGGAGAGGAGGAGCACGAUGUUGUGUGGUUUUGGCUGGAGAAAGGAAAGUCUUUUGAGUGUCCGGUCUGCACUCAGUACUUUGAGCUGGAAGUGGUUGGUCCUGGUGGACCUCCCGAUGGUCACGGUGAUGAAGACGAUGAGCACCAUCACUGAGAGACUAACAUUUUGUUUUCAGGGUUUUCAAAUGUUCUACAUUUCUUUAUUAGAAUAAACAAAUGUUUUUCGAUCCUUUUGAAACAAAACUCAGGCAUCGGAGCUUCUAAAUGCCAAAACUCUUAUGACCGUGGUUUCCCCCUUUUUUGUAACCAACUCUUGAAUCUGAAUCGGUCUUUGCCUCUUGAGCAGAAUGUUCAUACCCCCUUCUUACUCGUAUGAACCAAUCUACUGUGCCACAACUUGUAAUGGUUUAGAACUCGUCAUUUAUUCUAAUGCUUCAUCGUUCAACUCUAUUAACAAGUCAAAACAGACAAUUGAUCAAAAGCUGACACAGCCUAGGACAUCUUUCGUGUGUUCGAACUCCGGCUACUGCAUCAUUUCCGCUAAAAUUAGCAUAGAAUGUAGAACCGAUUUGGCACCUGCCUAACUAACUUCUCACGUACUAGUUAAAUUAGAAUCUCUAUUCUUCCACCAAAGGGCGCAUCAGAAUCAUCUCUGAGUCAUCCUCGUUCGUCACCAUGUGGAGAAGAAUCGUCUCCUCCGGUCUCAAAACCCUAGCCUCUGAUCUCACCGCUUCUUCUCCUCCUUGUCGAUCGAUAGCCACCACCGUGAGACCCGCUGGCUCCUACCUCGCUGCCAGUCGAUCAGCCAUUUCUGCUUCUUCUUCCGUCAUCCCUCGCCAUUUCAGCUCCGAAUCAGUAGUAGAGACCGUUGCGAAGAAGAAGGUGGAGGAUGUAAUGCCCAUUGCCACCGGUCAUGAGAAGGAAGAGCUUGAAGCUGAACUCGAGGGGAGGAGGCUGCUUGACAUUGACUUUCCUGAAGGUCCUUUUGGAACCAAGGAGGCUCCUGCUGUUGUAAAGUCCUACUAUGACAAGCGAAUUGUAGGAUGCCCUGGUGGCGAAGGAGAGGAUGAACACGAUGUUGUGUGGUUCUGGCUGGAGAAAGGAAAGUCUUUUGAAUGCCCUGUUUGCACUCAGUACUUUGAGCUGGAAGUGGUUGGUCCUGGUGGACCUCCGGAUGGUCACGGUGAUGAAGAUCAUGAUUCAUGAGCACCACCACUGACUCCGGCCGCGAGUUUUGCUUUCUUGAAAUAUUUUUGAUUUUCUUAUAGUUGGAAUAAGAAUAAAUAUAUAUGCUGCUGGUGUAACACAGUUGAAAAUGUUUUUGAACCUUUUAGAACAACACUCUUGUCGGAAGUUGUCGGCAUGCGAAAACUCUUACAACCGUUGUUUUACUUUUGUAAGAUUUUUUGUAUCAGAAUCAUUCUUGCCUUUUUGCUUAUUUAUAUAUUCACAUUUUAUUGUUUAUGGUUUGAUGUCUUUUCAUAUUGGACGGUUUGAUCGUGUCAUUGAUUCCUUCUGAACGACCAUAUAAUUCAGUAAAUAUAUCAUCGAAAAAUCGAUUUUCUUCCAAAACCUUGUUUUUAACACUAACUAACUCAUACAAUGCACCUACAUUUUACAUUUCAUUUUUUCUAAUAACAUAAAAGGCAUAUAAAUCAGGGCCGUCUAACAGCACGCGCAAGUGGAGCGGUCGAACAGGGCCCCGAAAUAUAAAAAUAAAAUGUUUAAAGAUUUUUUGAAAUAUAUAGAUAAAUUAUGGUAAGAAACUUUAAAAAUUUAGAUAUAAUGGUAAAUUUAAAACUUAUAAUUAAAAAAAUCAGAGAAAGUUAUUAAAUUUUAAAAUUACUUGAUAAAAUGUACGACUAAUAUUUUUUUUGAACAGGGCCUCAAAUUAAUUUGAGACGGCCCUGCAUAUAAUGUAAAGAGGGCGACCAAAAACGGUGGAGGUCAACACCGCUUUGAUUCUCUGGCGACGUAACUGUGUCUAUGUGUUUAGUCUCUUUUAUCAACGUUUUCUUAAAUUAUUAUCUCGGACUCAAAGGUUAAAAACUUAAGACCAGAUUAAUUAACUUGAAUUACCGACAAUGGAACUUAUGUAGUUCUUAAUAUUUCAGUAUAGCGUCAGUUACGUUAUUAUUUAUUUAAUACGUCUUUUUUUGGUUUCAUAUCAUAUCAUUAUAUGUUUACAAUGAAAAUAUGAAGCAGAAACCUAAAUACUACUAGUACAUAUAUAUAUUCUUUAAAUAACAAUAAUACUAAACGGACACUGUUAUCGGAGAAAAAUCCCGAGGAAUAUAUUCUAAUAAAUCAGAAAAAGUCUAAUUUAAUUAAAAAAUGAAAAAGAAACAACUAUCAUGAAGAAAAAAACGUCAGAGUUCAAUAUUCCGUUUCUACUUGAGACAAAUCACCAUUCUCUAAUUUUCUACACAGCUUGCCCUCGCUACGAAGUGAACCUCUCGUGUUCCGACAUGCAUGCAUUAAUAUACGUAAUACGUAAUGUACUGAUGUACAUACGUUUGUUUUGGUAUGUCUAAGUGUCUUGUAUAAAAAAAAGUGUCUUGUAUAUAAAUUAGUGUUUCUUGUGUGAAAAUAGAUAAGUACUUGGUGAGAAAAUCGUAUUAUGUCUUUAAGAAAAUGUAACGAUUUUAUUUACUUUUCAUUUAGGUGCUUUUAACAAUGUAAUUAUGUAAUUAAUAAAUUAAACAUGUUUGUUAUCUGACUAAUAUAUACACGUAUUUAAUAUCCCAUUGAUUUUUGUUUUUUAGUUAUAUUUUGUUGUCAUAUGGAUACUUAAUAGUUGUAGUUAGAUUAACAAGUUGUAUAGUAUGAUAUAAUGCACGAUCGUAACGAUAUAAGCUGCCACUUUUCCCCCGGUUAAGGGAUAAUAAAACUUUGUAAAUUGCCUGCAGAAUAAAAAAGAUAACUAAUGGAGUAUGUUUCAUUUAUGUGAAAUAUAAUAUCCCCUACGGUUAACAUUUUUAUUCAUACAGCAGACAUUUCAUAUUCACUGCUUCCACUUGCCAAUUGCUAUUACCAGUUGUGUUACAUAAUUUAUAUACAAAUCGACAAUGCUUUCUAGUUUUUGGUAAGAAAGACAAAUUAACUUACAAAUGAAAUGGCGUACAGAAAAUAAUGUAAGUGAUUAUGAUAUGUAGUAACCUGCGAAUCUACAUGUAUAUAUACAGAGACGACCCAUCUUCAUAUAUAUACAGUAAGGACAUCUCCAACCUCAUUAUAUUUUCCAUUCUAAAAUAAAGUUUAGAGUAUAAAUGUUUCAAUGGUAUUUUAUUUUUCAUUCUAUAAUAGGGUAAAAAAUAUGUUUACUUUAUAUAUAGAGAAUAAUUUUUUUGUUCAUCAUUCUAUUUUUCACUCUAAAAUAGAGUACCAUUUGAGUAUAUCACAAUUUUAUUAUAGAGUUACUAAAUUUUAGAGUAAAAAAUAAGAUGAACCAUUGGAGAUCUAUAAUUGUAUUCACCAGUUCAAUUUAUAUAUUAGAAAGAAAAAAACAUGUUGACAUUUUUGUAGGUCUCCAUGUGGCUCCCUCGAAUUAAUUAUGCACAGCAUAGACAUAUACUAUUAGAGAUGGCAUUAUAACCAUUAUCUAUACUAUACUAAAAGUAAAAUAAGCUCAAAGGAGAAGCAUGCCACCUAGGAUUAAAAAUUCGGACCAAUCAGAGACAAGUUUUUGACACGUCAUUUACUCAUAACCAGAAAAUGAACAAUCCUGGUUUCUUUCGGUGGCAUGAAAUUAUUUUGUUCUGGUCCAAAACAAGCCCACUUGAGUUAACUCCGAUUUCCCCUCAGUCACUUCGUCUUCUCCGCUUCGUUACCGCGAUAGCACCUCUUAUCAAUCAAUAGUUUUCUAAAUUUACUCUUUAUGAAUUCGUUUCACAUACUUCUCUAUCACAUCUUUAUAUACUGUUUUUUCUUCCCUUGCUACAAACCAUAACCAAACCUGCUCAAAUCAAGCUCAAGCGAUGGCCAUGAAACCAAAAGGCAAGUCCAUGUCUCCUCCGCCAAUGCUCACAAAGUUAUGUUCUUCAAAGAUAUCUCACGAUGUCCCCAUGAAACCCAGUUAUCAUCUGAUAUAUUUUUGGGACCCUUAUUGGUCUGGAAAUUCUCCUCAUAAAUUUAGUUUCCCCUGAUUUUUAUUUUAAAUAUAGUUUGUCUUCUUUUUUUUUAUCUCUCUUAACAACACAUCGUCCAUGUUAAUCUUCACAUCGUCUUUCACAUUGUCUUAUAAAGACAUUGUUGAAUCGACAAAGGAGAUGAACGGAUCAAACACUUACUCUUUAGCUCAUUCAAAGAUUUCUAUUACAAACUUUUAUAGCAGGCAGCACCAUGAGAAACUGUUCUUUGAUAUUGAUCCAAACGUGAUCGGUUCAACGAGCUUAAAUCCAAAAAUAGUGGGAGGUAGGCAUGUUGACUCCCUGUUGUAUGAUAUUUCAUCUUCAGAGAACCCAACCUCAAGGACCCAUUUCUAUUUUGAUAGCGAGAGUAACAUAGGUAAGGUCUGAGGUGUUUGCUUUGCUUUGCAUUCUUUUUUUAAUUUUCAGUUUGUAUUAAUUGUACUUAUACACGGUUUUUCUCAGUUUCCAGGGGAGUGAAGAUGGGUCCGCCUCAACUGCUACAAAAUAUGGAGGGGUGAAUAAGAUUGAAUCAUUAACACUGUGAGGGCUGAAUUCUUAUGUAAUCAUUUCACCACCACAAGUUAGCCUCGAACUUAAAACCUCCAGCUUACUCUCUUGCAACUACCCUCUUACAAACCCAAACACUUGCAGGCUGCAGAGUUCUUGUGCACUGCGAAAGUUGACAGCAUUGAAAAAGCAAAUGGGUGGUGCUACUUCUCAUAAUCUAAAUGCUCCCGGAAACUUUAGCGUAGUUUCUCAUCGCUCACGUGCACAGCCUGUCAUGAUGCAAACAUUGUAGUUAUUGUAAGGUAAUCCAGGUUGUACAAUGUUUUAGACGUGCUUUAAAACUUCUGAGAGGGAAACAAAUGCACCUAAUCCCUAACAAAUCUUAUCUAUCUUCGAUGACGAGGUGCCGGGUUGAGAUGGUAACAGAUCACUCGAACUCUGUUCUGUUUGUGGUUUGGACGCUGAGAUGAACAAGCUUACCGAUGUCCCUGCCUCAUCACUGUCUCAGGCCAUGGUAACAUCCACCAAAUGACCUUUGUUAUCUGUUUUUAGAUUUAAUAAAAUGGGAUGAUGAUCAUUUAAUAAAUACUCAAUCUCAAACAGGGCGCCGGAGUGGAAGACUGGAGCUGAAUCGUGUCUACAGGGAACUGAACGGUUAUUCAAGGAUUCAUUCCAUGAAACAAGGAUCAGUUUACAGACUCUUCAGCUUCUACCAAAAGCAAACCGGUUUCGGGUUGCUGAUCAUAGCAUAGCCAUUUCUUUCUCAUACAACUCUGACAUGUUGGCUCCCUUUUUACGAAGACUGGUUCUGGUUCUAUUCAUAUGAGGAUUUUGAAACUAACUGUGACCUCAAAGGUGACCUUCACGGUAAGCUCUCUAAUAUUUCAUAUCAUCUCUGAGUUACAUUGUUUUAUGAUUGGAUUUAGUCUUUAGCUUUUGUUCCUGCAUUUACAAUAUAGUAAUUAGUUGAAUACAAAUAGUUUGUCAACGUUUGCUAAUGUGAUACUAAUUUAUUCACCAUUCCAAAAAUGUCUCUGCUUCUGUUUAUGUUUUCAUCCUAGGCGUUUUUUGUUGUGUGUCAUUGGUUGCUAAUUUUUUCAUACUUCACAUAUAGGAUCGCUAAAAAAUAUAUGACUUAUUGAUUAUACUAUAUUUUUAUGAGCAUAUACUUGGAUAGGAUUAUUGUAAGUGGUACAUGAGAGGGUCAACAUGUGAAGCUUUAUCGACACAGGAACAAAAAGAGCAAGUGAAAUGUUGGGCGCAAAAUCAAGGUGCACAAACAAACACUUGAAUAUCCUUAAAAAGAUCUAUGAUAGAAGUAAUAUUUUUAGCUUAAAGUAACUCAAGAUUGUUUUGUUUGGUGCUGCACUCUAAAGCCAUUGCUUUGUCUCCUUAUGUUAGCAAGCUUCUUGCUCCUUGCUUCUGUUGGUGGGAUUACUAAUAGAUACAUAUGUUUUCCCAGUACAACAACAACUUCCUUAAAUACUUGCAGUCAGGUAAAUUUAUUAUUCAGUUUUGCCAUGAUUUCACGUGUAAAAAACAAAUGUUAUAACCGUCUUUGUUAUUUCAUAUGACAGAUUGACAGGUAUGCAAUCUAGCCAUGAGUGAAAAUACUGGCACUGUUGUGUGGUGACCAAGCGUGAUCAGUGAAUAAUGUGGUUUGAUGUAUGGGUUUAGGCCUUGGGUUUUACAUAGCUGAUGUUGCUGAUUUAAGCUGCUACAAAAAGCAUAAAACCUUGGCUGAUGUGAAAGACUAAUAUGACUCAUAAUUGGCUUCAUCUAUCACAUCUGUUCAGUUAACAAAACAGACAUUUUGUAAAUCGAUUUUAUUGACAGUUUUCUAUUUGUUGUGCAUUAAAAACAAGAAAGAGAAAGCAAUACAGGAGUUCAACAUGGUAGUUAUUCAAAUAUCAUUUAUGUGGGGGCAAAUCACUAGAAAAAUAGUGUAAUUGCCAACUUAGACCAGGAAAUUACACAAACAAAUUGGUACACAUAUUUUAAAGAAAAAGUAUCAAUCAAUUUAUAGAAUAUGUGACGUACCACCGAAAUUUUUAAGAAACACAAAGUAACAAUCAAACUAUAGUAUAUGUGACGUACCUUCCGAGUGUAUAUCGACAGUGGGCACACAUGUUUUCUUGGCAUUGAUGGCACAUACUUUAAAA